AUUGGACAAGUGAGAGACAUUUUUAAAAAAAAUGGGUAUAUUAAACUAUGUCUCUCGCAAGGAUUAGGAGCUGCGCACUUCGUGCAAAUUAGACUAUGAUCAUUUGCAUCUUUCUUCAGUCGUUUAAUUCAGGUUAUUAAGUUAUAAAGAAAGUCUAAAUUAGCCGAAAAUAGUAGAAUUGUAGUGUCAAUAAAAAAAAUAAAAAAUCAGUGUCAUCACUGUGACUGUGACUGUGAAUGUGAUUCAGUCUCUGCUAAGAGAAAAUGCUUGAUGAUCUAUGUCAAUGACGUAUUUAAAUAAUAAGUAUAUAGUUAAAUAUUAAAUUAUAGCCUAGUCCUAGUUAUUUUCAUUUUUUAAUUCUAUUAAAUAUUUUUUUUAUUUUUUUUUACUGAAAACUUAUUGUUAACUUUUCAAGAUUGGCAGUAGUUGACGUGGUAAGCCUAGGCCUAGAUUGUAAUAUUUAGUAGUCAACGUCUAGUGCCAGUAGUCUGCCAGUAAAUAUUUACUAAUAAAUUUACUAAUAAUGAAUAAUGUUUUAUUAAUUAAACAAAUGUAAAUUAUUGAAGUGCAUAACUCAAAAAUUCUAUACAAUUUGAGUUUGAUACUCAUACUGUCAUACUGAACUGUGUUCAAUACUGCAGGUCUAGUGAGCCUAUUACUAUAUAAUCUAUAAGCUACUUUACUAUGUAACUAUGACUUCACUAUGUAUAAUGUUAGUGAAUAGCUAGUUAAAUUUGCUUACUUAUGUAAUUCAUAAUAAUUAGGAACACAUAUGCUAGCACAAUUAAGUUAAAUUUUAUAGUAUGUCUUUAUCUUGAUGAAUAAAUGACAUAUUUUUCAGUAUUCAUUUGAAACUUGACAACCAUAAUGGAAGAUGAAGAUGAUCCAGUUUUAGCUGCUGCUAAGCAACAUCCUGGGUAUGGUUUUGAUACUAGCUAAUCAACUAGGUUGUUAGAAAGUUUAAUUGCUUUUAAAACAAAAUUGAUACCACAAAAACCUUGAAUAAUUUCGUUAAAUGGGAAGUUUCGAGCAUCUGAAAAAUAUCUUAGUUUUUUAUGUUAUGCACCAUAAAAAGGUGAUUUGAAGAGAUUUUAAAGAAAGGAUAAGGUGGUAGAAGUCUAGCAUCUAAGGUUAUAGAUAUUUGUGAAAAAAAAAAUAUUUUAAAUAUUAUUUAGGCCUCACCAGAAGCCGGUGGAAUUACAAAUUAUUUACUAUUUAAAAAUAGAAGAGGAUCCUACAUUUAUUUUUAUCUAUUCAGCCAGUAGAAAAACAUAAAUUUAGAAAUGUUUUAUAUAAUAAAGAUCUUAAUUGUGUUGACUACAUUCAAUCUUUUCUCUAAUUAACUUGUCUUUAACUACUUAGGCGCAAGCCAGUCCGCAGUCUUACUGAACAAGAGUUGAAGCAAAUGCUAACAGAAAAAGAUUCAUCUCUAGUUUUGCUGCGGCUUGGCAGAGCUGAUGGUUCUUUGGACAAAUUGUUUAAUGAAAUUGGUACAGUGAGAGGAUUUUCUAAACUGGAACUAACCAUCAAAGUUCUUGGAAAAGCGCUGGGAAACCAACAGGCUGGACAAAUCCAGGCUAUAAUUGAUGUGAUAACAUUGUUCAUUAAUUUCCCUGCAUUUCAUGAGAAGAUUUUUGCUAGCUUGCAAGGAUUAAGAAUUGAUGAAGAAUACAUCAGAUCCAUCAUCAUUAUUUUGAUGGUAGCUGCAGAGAAGCAGCCAAAUGUAGCGGCCAAGAGCUUUUCUGAGAUGUUUAUGCACCUUGAAGAUAUUGUCAAUGAGAAAUUCCCAGAGCUUAUCAGAGCAAAAGACAUUCUGAAAAAAAAUUUGCUGCAGGCAAAGAGGAUGGCAUUGCAAGAGGAGGAAAGAGAUGAGAGAAAUGAAAGAUAUGUCCCAGAUGAGGAGAUUGAUCCUAAUCUUUUUCGGCAACUGAGCAUCUUUCCAACAGCUGAAGAUCUUGACCCAACCAGAGAAAUAUCUGUCCGUGCAAAUAGGACUAAAGGUCGCUACAAUAACACAAAUGAAUAUCUAGACAUUCAGGUGAGAAAACUUUGUAGAAAAUUUCAAAAUUGAUUUUUUCUUACUUUGAGAGCAAAUAAUAACUGUUGUUGAAACUAUAGCAUGAGGUUUCAUUGGUUCAUCUGGACGAGUUAUGCCAAUGUUUAUGUAGUGAAAUAGGCCUGUUAAAUGCACACACACAUACAAACAAUUAGGUCUUUUAAAUGCACACACACAUACAAACAAUUAAUAAAAUUUUAUUGUUUAUGAAAAUCAAGAAAAUUAUUCAUACAUACAUUUUUUUGAAAGGAAAAUACAUAUUUUUAAAAAUGAAGAUAUUUUCAUUUAAUUUAAUUUACAGUUUCGACUUCUGAGAGCAGAUUUGAUUAUUCCACUCCGAGAAAACAUCAACAGAUAUUUGGAUGGAGAAGAAAAACAUGAACUGAGUGGAAUUAAUGUCUACUCUCAUGUAAGUCUCAUAAAUUGUCAAUUAAAGGAAUAACUGGAGAAAAAAGUCUCAUUUUUUUUGUGUUAUAUCUUAUUUUAAAUAAAUGAAGUAAAUUUUUCUUUUACCAAAUUCCUGAAAUAAUGUUUAAGAUUUUUAAAAAAAAUUUACUAAACCAAUAGUUUAAAUCAAAAAAUAAAGUGGAUGACCCUUUUUUAUUUAGUUUUUAAAAAAAAAUUAUGUAAGCUCAUUGCAGUGGCACAUGAGGGGGUGCAGAGGGGUUGGUCCACCUCGGUUGGAACUUUUUUAUUUAUAUUGAGGGGCUACAUUUUCAGCCUAUUGCAGAGUUUUUUGCGUGGAAGGGUGCAGCAAAAAAGCUUAGCCUGCCUGGGCGGCACCAACCCUUGCUGCCAAAUUGUUAAAUAAACAAGUCUUGUUGUAUGCAUUAAUUUCUUAGCUUUAUAAAAUUAACCAUAAAAACUCACACUCAAAGUAGCUUUGAAUUUAAAAUUUUGUUAUUUGUUUAUUUUAUGAAAAAUUCUGCCAUGUCUUAGAUAAAAUAAAGUUUCACAAAAAUAAAAAGAAAUUGAAAUAUUAAUUUUGUUAAAAUAUUCUUAAUGAAUAAAUAAUUAAAUGUAGCUAUUUGAUUAUAUUGGAAUAUACUUAAUUGCAGGUCAGGAUUGUCCGUCCCAUAUGCCAUGAUAAAGGUCUAUGUUUCCGCUUGUCCUUUGAUGUCUACAGACACAGAAGAGUCAACUGGAAAAUAUCCCAGAGAUUGAAAUAUGGAUCUUUGCUCUGUUUGUCAGCUGAUAACUUUCAGUCCUAUCAAUGUGCUGUGGUUGAGAAUCGAGAGCCAAAGGACCUGGAAAGGGGUCUUGUGGAUGUCCAGUUUAUCAUGGAUAGGGACAGAAAUGAAGGUUUCAUGAGGAUAAUUGAGGAAUCGAGAGACAAAAGAUUCAUUAUGGUUGAGUCUCCAUCAUACUUUGAGGCGUAUAAAUAUGUGCUGGCGGGACUUCAGAACUUCACUGAAAACAAUUUCCCAUUCUGGAAGUACAUUGGGGAGUGUAACAAAAAUGUCGACUCGCCAAGGUAUAUUCGGGAUUUGCAACAGCCGACGUUAGAUUUACGCCCCCUUGUGGACAAGCACUUCAAGAUAGUAGAACAUUCCACCGAAGCUCCAGAGUUCAUCGAACAGGCAAGAACCGCUGCAGCUGUGAAUAUAUUGGAUUUAGAGUCGUGGCCAAACCACAACACAUUAGGCCUUGACACAUCACAAUUUGUUGCCUUGCAGUCUGCACUGACCAAAGAGUUCUCAAUCAUCCAAGGUCCACCAGGAACAGGGAAAACCUUCAUCGGCCUCAUGGUGAUGAAAGCCUUGCUUCACAACAAGAAAUUGUGGGUGGGAAAUGAUGAAUCAAAACCAAUCCUGCUGGUGUGUUACACUAAUCACGCCUUGGAUCAGUUCUUGGAAGAGAUCUUAAGUUUUUUUCAAGGAAAUCUUGUCCGUGUCGGCUCUAGGAGUAAAAGUGAGAUACUGGAGGAUUAUAACUUGAGAGGAAUGAGGAACAGGGCCAGGGAAAACCGAACAGUUCCAAUGGAAGUUCACCUAGCAAAAUCGGAGCAAAGACUCCAGAUGAAAAUGAAGAAAGCAGAAAUUCAUGAAGAGGCAGCAAAACUUGAAAUACUUGAGAGAGAAAUUGUCAAAGAAAAGUUCCUCAAAGAAUUCAUUCACCCAGUUCAAUAUGAAAAUCUCACUUCGAAAUCAGGCAAUCAAAGCGUCAUAGCCAAAUGGCUAGGAAUAACUCUUGACACAAAUAAAAUAAAGAAGCAGGCAGAGGAACAAAUGAAAUCCCAGAGAAAUCCACAAGCUGCAAACGAACAAGAAGGAAAUGCUGCUGGUAUUGCAAUGGCGGUGGAUGAAGAAGAAGAUGAUGAUGAUGAGGAUAAUGACCUUGACCUGGUUGUUGAAAUGAAUGUCCAGACGCCAAACAAUCGACACUUGGAUGUGGAUGAUGAUGAGGAUGAUGAUGAGCAUGACGACACCCAAGAGGAUCUGUUUGCAGAGCUGCUAGAAAACUUGGGGGAUGACUUCAUGGAGUUGGUUAGAAAUGUCAACAGAAAACUUGAUCAAGUGGACAUCGACGCAGCCAGGAUAAAGAAGGAGAACAUUGCCUUCAAUAUAAGUGAGUAUGGUGAAGAAGAAAUGCCGUCUGGUUUGAGUAAAGAGGAAAAGGAACAUUGGAAAAGUCUUAGGCCUUUAAAAAAGAAAUACCGGGGCUUGCUGUUGAACCACCUUCAGAAAACAGACAGAAUGGCGGAAGAGGAAGUUGAGCAGAUUUACAGCCCUUGGAAAAUUAGUCGGAACAAUAGGUGGAGACUGUAUCGGUACUGGGUGGACUCAUACAGCAGGCAAAUUAGAGGGGCGAUAAGAGAUUCCUCAAAUGAGUACGAGCAGCUUGCCAGGAGAUACCAGGAAAUCCUGCACCAGGAAGAUAAAGUGAUAUUGGAAAAAGCCACCAUCAUUGGGAUGACCACCACUGCGGCAGCUAGAUAUCAAGGCAUUUUACGGGAAAUCGGGCCAAAAAUUGUCUUGGUAGAGGAAGCUGCUGAAGUGUUGGAGGGUCAUGUGAUUACCUCCCUUACUGACCAGUGUCAACACGUUGUUCUCAUUGGUGAUCACAAACAGCUGCGGCCAAAUCCUGCUGUUUACAAGUUGAAGGAGAAAUACAAUUUGGACAUUUCGCUUUUUGAAAGACUUGUGAUGAAUGACUUUGAGUACAAGCGCUUGAAAUAUCAACAUCGCAUGCGUCCUGAAAUCUCCAGACUUCUUAAAAUUCCUGACCUUUACCCAGAUCUAGAAGACCAUGACAUAGUUCAUGGCUACCCUCACAUUAAUAAAAUCAAAGGAGACGUGCUUUUUAUUCAACAUUCUGAGAACGAUGAAAGAGAAGAGGACACAAAAACUUUCAGCAACCAGUACGAAGCCAGGUUCCUGAUUGGUUUGUGUGAGUAUUUACUACAGCAGGGCUACACAGCUAAACAAAUCACCAUCCUUUCACCCUACGCCGGACAGAUUCACCUAAUCAAAACUCUGCUGGAGACAUUGCCCAGGUCUCAAAAUACAGUGAAGAAAAUAAAAGGUAUGAGGAUCUCUUCUGUGGAUAAUUACCAAGGGGAGGAAAACGACAUAAUUUUGUUGUCACUGGUCAGAAGUAAUGAAGCAAAUGAAAUUGGAUUUCUCAAAGCAAACAACAGAAUAUGUGUAGCUUUGUCUCGUGCUAAAAUGGGACUGUAUGUCAUUGGGAACUUUGCUGGACUUUGUCAAUCCAGCCCUUUAAUAAAAAAUAUUACAGUGGAAGCAAAACGGCUUGGGUAUUUGAAAAAUAAUCUGGUGCUGGCUUGUGGGAAACACAAGGGAGGAGAAACCAUUAUUGAAACACCAGAAGACUUUAAGAAAGUUCCUGAAGGUGGUUGCCUGCAACCUUGUGAAACCAGACUGGACUGCGGGCACAGCUGCAAGAGAAUUUGCCAUGCAGAUGACCCAGAUCACAAGUUUGCGAAGUGUUAUGAGAGAUGCCAGUUCAAAUGUGAUAAAUGUGAUCACAACUGCAAUGGUGACCACCCAUGCGGAGAGCAUGACUACUGUAGGCAUCUGGUAGAGAAACGUAUUCCUAUGUGUGGGCAUAGGCAGAAAGUGCCCUGCCACUUGGCACCGAACGAGUUUGAGUGCAAAGAUAAGUGCCAGGAGCUUUUACUAUGUGGUCAUAAGUGCCCGGGGCAGUGUGGGAAAAAACACUCUCAUACUGAUGUGAAGUGCAUGGUGUUAGUAGAAGUAAGAAAAUUUUUACAUAAUUUUUCUUAGACUUAAGACUUUUGAACAACAUAAAUUUUGUCACUGUAAAUCUAUAUUCUCUGUUUAAAAUCACAUAAAAAUAUCUCCGAAAAUUCUUCAUAAUUAAUUUUAAUUGACAUACACACACACAAAUCUACUUAUAAAUUGUCCACCUUUUUCAUUUCCUUUCCUUUACUGGUCUCUCAAAGUGAAUAAAAGUAUCAAGUGAAGAAGAGACAAUUGAACCUGUGGAGGUCGCGUAAAUAGGACUGGAGUUUUGCAGAUUCAAGAUUAAAUGAACAUGAAAUUGAAAAUUGUUUAAAUCACUCUUUUUAAGGACCAGAAUAUAAGGUCUGCAUCUAAUUGUUUUCUUUCUUAUUGAGAAAGAAGAAAACAAAGAAGACCAAAAAUUAAAUACAAAGCGAGAAAGAACUUAAGAAUUCAUUACAUUUGAACUCCUUUUUUAAAUAAAUAUGCAUUUCGUUCGAGUUGUUUCAUGUACAUUCAUCAAUGUGUUUGAACCAAACCAGAUUCUUUGUCUAUUAACUUGAAGUUAACAUGAUAAUUUAUGGCAAAUUUAAGAUAUAUUUCUGUGAAUCUGCAGGUAACACCUGAAAAUUGUGGCCAUAACAGAUUUAACACUGAAUGUUGGCGGUCUAAGGUAGGCAGGGAUUUUGAAUGCACCCAGCCAUGUCGCGCUGUUUUGGAAUGUGGACAUUUGUGCUCUGGGUCAUGUGGAAAAUGUCAAAAUGCCCGUCUUCACAUGAACUGCCAGGAAAAAUGUAAGAAAAUUCUUAUCUGUGGACACCCGUGUAAGGACACAUGUGGAAGUUGCCCUCCAUGCACGUAAGUAGAACUGGCGCUCUAACUAUAUUCUAAUUGCGCAUUAAAUAUUUUGGAUAAACAAGCAAAAUAGAAACAGUGAAUAAUUCUACUAAUUUUAAAUGAAAUGUUUCCAAAAAAUAGAUGUAUUAAUCUUCCUAAAUAUUGGAUAUGGUUAAUCCAUCUUAUCUGCUAAUUCAUCUUAUCCUAACAGCUACAAAGAUGAUUGAUCUAAAAUUUAAUUAGAUAAUAUUUUUGUUUAAUGUUAAAAGUGCAUAUACAUUUUAGUAAUACAGGACAGAGACUGCAGGUUAGGUAAAAGCCCACUGCAUUACAAAAAUAUGUUAUUCUGUCUAAUAUUAAUAUAUAUGAAUAAAAAAAAUGAGCGAUACAAAGUAAGGGAAAACCUAAAAAUAGCUGCAAUUAGUAUCCGAGAGGGCAGCAAGAGGAAUGUGCCUCUCAGAUGCAACAAUGCAGCUAAGUGUUUAUUUUAAUUUUAUAUCGUUUUUACUGAUGUUUGUCUAUUGAGGAAGGCUUCUUAUUGAGAUGUUCAGUGUUGUUUUUUUUUUGUUAUUUUUUUCUACAGGUUUUCCCAUACUUUAUUUCGCUCAUUUUUUUAUUCAUAUAUAUUAGACAGAAUAACAUAUUUUUGCAAUGCAGUGGGCAUUUCAAAGAUUUAAUAUUUUCUAAUAUAUACUCCACUUUUAUCAUCCACAUAUUUCACAUAAAGACAUCUUUGAACUAUAAGAGUAGAUCAUGAUGCAAAUCAUUAGUGCUGCUUUACUUCAACAAAUAUUAUUAAUAUAGAGAUAAUGAUUCUUUCAGGCAAAAUUGUGAAACAGCAUGCGUCCACUCUUCUUUCAGGCAAAAUUGUGAAACAGCAUGCGUCCACUCCCAUUGCCCAAGAAGGUGUGGAGAGCCAUGCACAGCUUGUGUUGAGUCCUGUAACUGGACAUGCAGGCAUGAAACGUGCAUCGAUCUUUGCUGCCAGCCUUGUGAGAGAGAGACGUGUGAUGUGCCAUGUCCCUUGAAAAAACAAUGUGGGCACAAUUGUGCUGGGCUUUGUGGAGAAAAGUGCCCAAGGCUGUGUACCAUCUGUGACAAGGAAGUAUGUGAUGUUAUUUUAUGUUUUUUAUUGGUCAGAACUUCAAUAACCAAUGCAUUUUAUAUUAAAAAUACAUUAAUGUUGUCUUGAUUUAAAAAUCAUAUACAGGGUGGGCCAAUAAAAGUGAGAACAUCUCGUAAAAUGUGAUUUAAUCACAUAAAAUUUAGUUUAACUAUACCCAUACUAGCAUAAAUAGUUUAUUGGUUUACUUACUUACAUAUUUAGCUAUAUGGCGUCAUUAUUUCGACUAUUUCCGGUCACCAUUUUUUAUUUUUAAUCUGCCAAUUGUUUACGUCGUCUGCUUGUUUAAAUUUUUUGCCCAGAAUGACAAAAAUAACUGCACAGGACCGUAUUCUGAUUAAACAUUUGCGAAUUGAAAAACAGUGGGGUGCUAGGAAAAUGACAGAGUUUCCAAACAAAGCCUAAGAGCAUAGCAAGUGUCAGUCGGGUUAUCAAUAAAAUUGACAACGACGGUUGAACGGAAUGUAAAACAGGAAGUUGUCGACCAAAGACUGUUAGAACACAACAGAACAUUGAACGAGUGAGUGAGCUUAUCUGCAGUCAAGAUGAUGAUCCUCACAGUCACAAAAGUCCACGGGACAUAUAAAGAGAACUGGUAUACCACGGUCUUCAGUUCGAUGUAUUGUAAAGCAAGAUUUACAACUUAAAACGUACAAGCGUAUGAUGGGGCAGAUGUUCAAUGAAAAUGGCAAGUGGAAAAGCUUGCAAUGCAGUCAGCAGCUACUUGAAUGAUUUAAUAAUGAGAGAAGUGUACGAAGCAUCUGGUUUACAGACGAAAAGACAUUCACCAUUGCCAUUCCAGUUAAUUCUCAAAAUGAUAAUGUUUAUUCCGUUGCAACAAAGAAAAAACAGGUUCAAGAAAGAUGACUUAAACGAGAGCAUAACCAUUUCAGCUGCGGUGUCAUCGUAUCAGUUGGUGUGUCUCAAAUGGGGAAAACUAGUGUUGUGUUCGUUGAACCAGGCGCCAAAGUAAACAGUGAAUAUUUUUGUGAACAAGUUCUCAGAAGAGGAUUGUUGCCUGACAUUCAAGCGAAAUGUGGUCGCCAUAACUGGAUAUUGCAGCAGGACGGAGCUCCAUCUCACACAGCCAGAACUACAACCAACUUUCUUCGUCGGGAGAAUGUUAACUUCAUCGAGCCAGACAUGUGGCCACCGAACAGCCCAUAUUUAAAUCCAGUAGAUUAUGCCAUAUGGGGUGCUUUGCAAGAAAAAGUCUACCUUCUGCGAAAAUUUACCACAGUUGAGCAGCUCAAGUUGGAAAUAAUCAAGGAAUGGCGAAAUCUAGGGCAACGUUUCAUUGACAGAAGCAUAAAUGAGUGGCGUUGAUGCUUGAAAAAAGUCGUUGAGAAGCAAGGAGGACACAUUGAACAUGAUUUCUGAUUAGCUAAAUAUUUUGCAAAAAAAAAUUCCAUGAAGAAUUUUAAUUAAUUAAAUUAUACUUUGAAAUAACUCGUAUGCUACGAGAUGUUCUCACUUUUAUUGGCCCACCCUGUAUAUUUAAAAAGAAAUAUCAAUAGAUUAUCUAUAAAUUUGAUGUUUAAAUUCUAGGAACUGAUUUAAGAAUUAUAUCCAGGAACUUAUGCAUGUAGCCUAUCAUUUUCAGGAAUUAAUCUGUGACAGCCUCUAUGGUUAUGAUGGUGAUCCAACAACACUCUUUGUUGAGCUGGACUGUGGUCAUGUCCAAGAAGUUGAGUUUGUAGAUAAGUGGAUGACCACUUCCACUAGUGAAGACUCAGACCAAAAGGCUAUUGGUCUCAAGGGAUGUCCAGUUUGCAAGACUGCUGUGCGAAAAUGUCAACGCUACAAUAAGCAAAUUAAGGUAUUUUUGCUUAUUUAAAACAUUUUUUUAAACUACUACUAAUGACAUAUUUGAAGUUUGAUGAAAAUAAAAAUAAAUUUACAUUGACAACUUUGGCUGCGAUUAUUAUUUAUUAAAUUUUAUUCAGAGCGUAAAAAAGUUGUAAUCACAGUUAUUUUGCUUUACCAUCUACCAUCUCAGUUUGAAAUUUGAUUCUAUUUUUAUUUUUUUACAUUUCAAGCCCAUUUGAAAUUGUUACUUAAAUAAUCUUUAACUUAGCACAUUUGAAAAUUAUAUUAUAUUAUAUUAUAACAAAAACUAAUUUUCAAGUGGGUCUAAUGACUUCUCCCCAUACAGGAACAGCUGUGCCUCAUAGAAAGUGUCAAGCGUAAAUAUAUUGGAGAGAAUAAGAAGCUCAGGAAACAACAGUUAGAUGAAGUUGUUGCCCAAACUGGUGGACAAGAAAGAAUUAUGAUUGAAACGUUUCUUGAACAAGGUGAAAUUAAAUUGUUACUGAGCUAAUACAAAUUUUAAAAAAUAUUUUAAAAAAUUCUGUCUGACAUGAUUACUAUAAUGCCAUCAGAAAUAUAUACUUAACAAAGGUUAAGUACUAAACAAUGGAGAUUUGAACAUUUGCAUUUUGUUAUGUGUGAAAAUUAAAAACAUCCUGGAUUCCAUGUCAAUUUUAUUAAAAAUCCUAGGUGUUUAGUUUUGGGAAUGAACAUGUAAAUAUCAUUAAAAAUUUUAGUGGCCCUUGUUAAAAUCAUGAUUUGUUGAUGUAGCAGUAGCAUUGAUAACCAGAAUUAUUUAAAUCAGUUAUACCGCUGUUUUUCAUUAUGUUAUGUACUGUCAUAUGGUUUUAUAAAUUUAAUCUGUUUUAAGAUUUGGCUCAUUAAAUGAACUAUACAACACAAAGAAAAACAGUACCAAAGCUAGUUAUAUUAACUAUAAUAAAUUUAAUUAUUCUAUUAAGUUGAUAUAAGAAUACGUAUUAAUAGUGAGGGAGUCAGAACCCUCCAGAACAGAAAGUCUAGAAAUUCAUUUGCUUGAGAGAAUUUCUCCCUCUAUGUACAGUAGUAUAAUGUAGACCCUUCUGGAAAUGUAAACAAACUUUCCCUGUCAAAGGUGAUGGGGGGAAGGAGGCAGAGUUAAUUGGUGAUGUCAAAAAUAAAUGGGAAUCUAAAGUUGCAUGUCACAGCUCAUGGUGAACAAAAUAUAGUUAAACACAUGAGUAAUAACAAUGCUGAUAUAAUAAAAAAUUAAACUAGAUUAUACAUGAACUUCAUUAAACCAUACAGAACACCAACAUAUCUUUUUGCAAACAUCCAGAUGUUACGGUACCACAUCACCUCUUUCACUGCCCAAAAUCAUGUUGUAGACCUCAGUUAUCUAACAGAUUUACAAGACAUAGCUUCACCCUAUGAGCAUACAAAGACCAACUAAAGAAGACCUGCACAUUUUUCACCAUUGUCUAAGACAGAUGACAAAUAGCUGCUUGAGUAGGAUCAUGAUUGUUUCUAACAAAUGUUUCUCUUUAAGCUUUGCUUGUGUAUUUUCUUCCCAGAAAACCAAGAGUGUUUUAAACUAUUCUAAAAUAUUCCCUUCACUAAAUCUCUGCUUUUAUAAAUUGUUCCCAGGAAACCACGUGUUGUCUGAAAUAAUUCUUGAAACCCAGAUCAACCAGGUGAAUCUCUUCAGGCGAAUUUAUGCUUUACGUCGUGUGGUAGAGGAAUGCAAGAACAGGUGGCAGCAGCGAGUUCCCACAUUUAAUGCAAUCCUUGAAGAUCUUGAUCGAUUCUCAGAGUGGACUAGACAGAAAAGAACAAUUUUCUCUGGCCAGAAUAAAAGUGAUGCAGAGGAAGAACUGGCCAGGCUCAGUAUUCAAAUCGACCUUCUUAAAGUUGAGGGCAACAUCAGUGCCAGGGACAUCCGCGACACUCUACCUAAUCGAUACCUCAUCAAUCUUGGAAAGUUUAUUACGUAAGGAUUGGUUAAUUCUCAAAGAUGGCAGCUAUUUCUUGCUGCUGAACUUUCUGAUUUCUCGGCUAUAUUACUUUUUUGAAAAUGUUAACAACACUAUUAACCAAUGAACCAACUUUGAAAUUAAUUAGAUUAAAAUUGAGACUCAGUUUGUGUAAAUAAAACAAUUUAUGUUAAGUUUUAAUUAUGAUUACACAAUAUAGAAUUUUAAACAUUGCAGCAAAUUCCUUCAUUAGUACAAAAAAAUACAUGAAUAUAAUUAUAACAUAAAUUUACAUAUAUAUAUAUAUAUAUAUAUAUAUAUAUAUAUAUAUAUAUAUAUAUAUACACCUAUACUUAAAAUGAAAGAAAAUAAAAGAAUAAGAAGGGGCACAAGUCUGUUGCGAAUACAAAGAUCAGAAGAAUCGACUUGUGCCCAUUCUUAUUCUUUUCUUUUUCUUUCAUUUUAUGUACAGAUGGAUAAAUAUAUUAUGUAAAUUUAAUUUAUAUUUAUAUAUAUAUAUAUUUAUGUUUUUCUGUUGUGCUUUUGCAGAGACAUAUGAAUUUGAAUGUUGUGUAACUGUAACUAAAGCUUAAAAUAUAUUAUUUUAUUUACACAAAUUGUUUGUUUCUGUCUCAUUACUCUACUUAAAAGCUUCAAGGCAGCCCAACUCUCUUAUAAUUUAAAAAUAAUUCUCCACUCAGUUUUGUGGGACCUUUGCUAACCAAUUAAGCCAAUAACUUUCACUUUUCUUUUGAACUUUACUUCUUCUUCUUCUUCUUCUUAUAUUUGAGGUGCCCACGAUCAAUUUGUUGAUCAUUCUGGCUCCUGGUUUUAAAUUCAGAGUUUACUUUACAUGCCCACAGUAACUUGUCAGCAUCUGGAAAGAUCAGUAAACAGUUGAUGGAUGAGUGCCGAGAACUUUGUGAAGAACUGAACAAACUCGUCCCUGAGAGCCACAUUGCGCUGACCAAUCAGGAGAGAAUGGAGAUAGUGAAAGCCGUCAAUGUCAGCCAGGGAGCUUGGUACAAGUGUCCAAAUGGUGAGCUAAUCUGAACUAGUUGUGGAGACACUUGUAGAAAAUACAUUUUUUUUUGUCUCUUAACAGUAACAGAUUUUUGUAAAACGUAUUUAAUUUGUUUUCACACUAACUACACUUUUUAAAAUUUUAUUAUGUGAGUAUUAUAAUAGCCUGCUCUGUUUUAUAAGUCAGUCUUUCAAUUUUUAUAUUACAAACAAUACAAAGGAUUUAUAUUUUUUUUAAAUAGAGUUGGUAUUUUUUUGUUUAAAUAUUAACUUGUUCAUUUUCUGUUUUACCAGGUCACAUUUACGCUAUUGGUGAGUGUGGCCAAGCUAUGGAAGAAACUCGAUGCCCGGAAUGUAAAGCUAGGAUAGGUGGCACAAACCAUCAUCUUGUAGAAACCAAUGCAAUGGCCCCAGAAAUGGAUGGAGCUGAGAGACCCAUUUGGAACAAUAUUGCUGCUGAUCAAGAGCUAGCAAUGCGGCUGCAACAGCAAUUCAAUGACAGAGUAGGUUAAACAAUUAAAGAUAAGAUAAGAUUCUUUUAUUGAUCCAAAUAAAUGGAAAUGUGUUUUGAUUGCAUUGUUCAUUUUCAGCAUAUAAAUAAAAUAAUAUCAACACAAGACAUCUACAUUAAAUUAUUUUACUAGUAAAAAAAAAACCCAGCCUUUCAGUGAACUCUCUUAGUCAUUUCCGGGACUUAUUAGUUCUCAUUUAGUGUUGUGACUUCCUGGGGAGCAUGCUGGUAGAUUCGGACAGAUUGGGGAAGAGAAGAAUUUUUAUAUCUUUCAGUUCCUCACCCUGAGAGAAAGAAUUCGUCCUGAAUGGGCUGAUCCUAAGUAUCUAUGAUGAAAAGGGUGGAAUGUAUCAUCCAAAAUUUGUUUGGUUUUACAAUAACAUCAGACUUUCUUCAAAUGAUUUAUUGAAGUGAACGAUGUUUAGUUUGUGUUAUGUUCCUAGCUUUCUUGAUUAGUCUGUUUAUUCGGUGUUUAAUAUCAGACAUUUUUGGAGCAUAACUUAGAAAAUUACUGUAUUAAUUACUGCAUUCCCAGCACAUCUAAAUUGUAAAUUAAUAAUAAUAAUAAUAAUAAAGUUCAUUUCAAAAACAUGCAUUAGGCCCUACUAUAGAAACAUUUUCAUGUGUUAUAAUCCCAUUUUAAUAAAAAGAUUGCUCUUAAAAUUUGGAUUUCUACCAGAUCAUCAUAUACUUUUCCAUGUAUCUGACUUCUAAUCUCUAUUUAUGAACUUUUAGUUUCAUUACUAGAUUCUGAUCAUUUGCAAAAAAAAUUUUUUUUUAAAAAUCACUUUAUUUAUUUCCAUAUAGAUAAAAACUUAUUUUUGUCCUACACUGAGCAAUUUGUAAGAUUUUCUUGUAAAUCUUUUUUUUUUUAAGUAUACCACUUUAUUAUUCAAGUAAGGGUUGUGAUGAAUCUUUCAAUGAUUCUAAAAAAAAAAACAAAAAAAUAAAUAAAUGUUGGACUAACUUAAUGAUCAAAUAAAAAAAUUUUUAAGAUUUUUUUGUAAAUCUUUUUUUUUUAAAGUAUACCACUUUAUUAUUCAAGUAAGGGUUGUGAUGAAUCUUUCAAUGAUUCUAAAAAAAAAAAACCAAAAAAUAAAUCAAUGGUGGACUAACUUAAUGAUCAAAUAAAAAUAUUGUGAUUAUUCAAAAAGGAAACAGGAAUGCACUGCUGAAAGAGUCAACAAGAAAUGGAAGGUCGUCACAAUUCUAAAUAUCCCUUCAUUCAAAAAAAAUUAAUUUUAAUUCAAACAGUUUAAGCACAUUUAAGUUUAAGAUAAACUUAGCAUGACUUUUACUUAGUUUGUCCUUGUUUUGAGUUGUGUAAACAAAAUACAAUAAACAAGCUGGUCACUUGCGCAAGACGUACUGACGUGUUAAAGCGUUAAUUAAAAGGAAAUUGAAAUUUGGCUCAGAACUGGUAUAAUCUUUUUUGGUUUUAUUUCUAAUAGUUUAUACAUGUCUUGAACCUAUUUGUGUACUUUAUCACAAACUAUCCCUCAAUUGUUAUUUCUAUCUUGGCAAUUUUUUUUUUCUUUUCAGUAGAGAUUACAAUAAAUACGAUCAAUUUUCACCUUUUUUUUUUUUUAGCUUCAAGAUUUCUUCUUCUAAAAGGGCCACAAUGACACUUCAAUCAAGAGUUUCUUGUUUCAAGUGAGGAGGAUAGAGUUGUACCCCACAUCAAACUAAAUAAUAAUGUUGUGUUAGGGAGGAAUUUGAACGUUUAAAAUAUGGACAAUUUUUUUUUGUAUUUCAGUUUAUAAUUUAUUUUAAUUAUAAUUUUAUCAUUAUUUUAUUUGUAAUUUUAUUGCGGUAAAUAUAAUUUCAUUAUAAUCUCUUUUUGGAUAUAAGUCAGUUUAUAUAUGUAUUAAAUUUAAGUUUGAAACUUAUAUUUUACACCUUUUUAUAUAACAUGAUAUUUUGCCCCCCUCCCCCGCUUUCCCCACAAGGCCUCCACUACUAUAAAAUUUUAACUGAAAAGCUCAGAACCCAAGGAACUAAAAAAAAAUUAUACUUAUUAUUAUUGUUUUCAUCCCAACAGGCUACAACUAAUUGUAUUCAUCACUUUCUACUUCAAUAUUCUUGCAUCAUAUGCUGUGCAUUAAUUUGAAUGAAGUUGUCAAUUUUUUUAAUAAAUUAUGUGUGUAUUUAGGCUUAUCCAUUAUGACCUUUCUCAUAUGGAAUUAAAUGAUCAAUACUCAAAUGAAUGAAAACUUCACUCAUGGAAGUUGGAACAUAAAUUUUUAUUAUAAUUUCAAAAUUAACACAAAGCUAACACAAUUCAACAUUGUUUUAAAAAAUAUUUUAAUUCCAUUUUAAUUUUAUUCAUUUAUUUUAAGUACCGGGGUAAUUAAAUGAUGCAGCUUGG